AGUUAUGCGGUAAUUUUGUUUCAAUUUGUUUCAAUUUGCUGAUAUCUUGUUAGUUUUACGUAUCAUGCUUUCUGUGGACAUUGGCACUAAUUUUCCCGAGGGAAUAUAAACUAAACAGAACAAAACCCCACUGAAGUCAACAAAAACUUUCUCGUUUUAUGGAUAUGGGUUCAUUCAGUUUUCUGCCUUAUUCGCGUGCUGUCUCAGCUCCGGAAGUCAUGUUACUCCAAUGGUUUUUCUGUUUGCUACCGUUAUUUGUGAGUUUGCCGCAACGUAUACAAUGUUUCGGCAUGCAUCUCAUGGAGAUUUCUGAGACGGAUCGUUCACAAAUCGUCUGUACACUCGCGCUGCUGCAGAAAUAUUUUCAAUAUGGUGAACCACUCUCGGGUUCGAUCAUCUCAAUGAGUUUCACAACAGCCUCAUUACACAUUCAACAGAAUUUGUUGAAUGCCUUUCAUACGCAGGUCGCCGUACCAUGGACAGUUGUGGUGCGAAAUCCACGUCAACCAGCGCACAACGUGAGGUCUACUAUGACUUUGCAUGAGAAGCCACAGUGUUACUUCAUUGUUAUUGAGAACUUGGAGGAUGGUGAUUUGGAAGAUGUUUUCGAAGAUUGGAAAACAAAUAUAAAUUGGAACCCGCUGGCACAAUUCGUUGUCUAUUUGGCUUCAGUCGAGGAAACCGACGACGAGAUGACCGAAUUGAUGAUAGAAAUACUACUUAGCUUUAUGAAUAAGAAGAUUUACAAUGUUAAUGUGAUUGGCAGAAAUGAAGAGAAUGGCUUCUACUAUGGAAAGACAGUGUUCCCAUAUCAUCCAGACAAUAAUUGUGGUAAUCGGGUAAUAGCCAUAGAGACUUUGGAUAUGUGUGAUUAUCAAGAUGACAGUAAGCCAAAAUACGAGUAUAAUUUUGAUGAAGAAGAUGAUGGAGAAGAAGUCGUUGGCGAUGACGAAGAUUAUGAUGGAGGACAAGGCGAUGACGCAGGGAAUAAUGAUGGUACAGUUGAAGAAAAUAAUAACGAAGGCGGAGUGGAAUAUGGAGAGGGAAAUGAGAAUAAAGAUGAAGACGAAGAAAGAAAUGGAAAUAGAAGUCAAGAUACUGAUGAUAAUAACAGUGAUGGAGAGGGAGAUACAAAUAUAGAUGAUGGUGGUGUUGCUGGUGGUGGAGAAAUGAAUGGCAAUAAAGAUGGAGAAAGCGGUGUGAUAGGAGAUGAAAUCAGAGAUGCGGACGGAAAUGAAAGGUUAGAGGAAGAAAUUGAUAGCGAACGAGGAGAAGAACGAGAUAUAGAAAUAUAUAGUGAUCGCAAUGAGAUUGGACCUCUCAAAGUUAACCAAAAUAGUGUAGAAUUGGAGGAAAAAAUGCCAAUCAAUAAUGAAGAAGUGAAAGAAAUCACGGGGAAUGAAAAUAAAAAACAAAAUGGCAGCAAGGAUCAAUUGGAUCAGAUAGUUUGGAGGGGAGAGUGGCUUGGAUACCAACAUGAUUAUACGAAGAAUAAUAAAGAGUUAAUUGUGAUCGAAAAUGGAAACAAAAUAGGAAAAAGAAAGCAAAAUACGAAAGAAAACGAAAAGGAAAGUAAAGAAUAUAUAACCAGCAACUUGAGCUGGAGUUAUAAAAAUUUUGGACGACGAAGUCAAGCAAACCUUAAAGCUGAUACAGAAACCCGAUUAAAAACUAUUUUCGAUGACAAAAAGAAACCCAAGAAAAAACACAAUUCAAAGGUUACAAAGAAAAAUAACAACCUAUACCAAAAACAAUAUCUACAAAAACAACAAAAAUUCAUUGAAUACAAACAGGACGACACAAAUGACUUGCAAACACAGAAAAUUUACCUACAGGAACUAUAUCGAGCAUCGUUCUUUGAUAAGUUCCCAAAAGAUCUCAGCGGUUGUCCAGUUGUAGCCGCUUUUCGACCCUGGGAACCAUACAUCUUCAAAGAAGCCAGUGAGCAUGAGAGCAAAGCAGACAACAACCACAGAGCUGAUGAAAGCUACGAAGAAUUAGCCACAGAGGCGGCAGCGUAUGACACAGAAAAUGAGGAAAAUACAGAACAUAGUGAUAACGACACUUAUAACGAUACGGAUGAAGAUGCAGAGGCAGAUAACUCAUACAACGAUGUAGACACAGCCGAUCUGAAUGAUGAGCCAACGGUGAAGUUGAAUGGCAUCGAGUAUCAGUUGGUACAGACUAUCGGCGAGCGUUUACAUAUAACAAUAGAUCUGCAACUGGAGAAUACCAAUCUCUAUCAUCUGUUCCAACAACUCAUUGAUGGUGACAUUGAAAUGAUCUUGGGUGGCAUCGACGAAGAUCCCAGCAUCAGUCAAUUUGUCUCCAGCAGCAUUGCCUACCAUCAGGAUGAUCUCACGUGGUGUGUGGCGCGAGCGAAACGCAAAUACGAUCUCUUCAAUUUUCUGCAAAGCUUUCACAUUAGCACUUGGCUCUGUACGUUGGCUUUCAUUCUCAUAUCUACGUUGAAUAUAUGUCUCGCACAAAAGCUGUUAAACAUACGUUUGAUCUUUUUCGGUGGUUUCUUUGCCACUUUUGUGCGCAUACUCGGCGUUAUACUCAGCCAAUCGACACAGCUCACACGUUUACCCAAUUCGCUACGCAUCACUUUCGGUAGCACAUUCUUUUUGGCCAUAAUGUUUGUCAAUGUCUAUCAGAGCUUUUUGGUUAGCACCUUGACCACACCGAAGUCGUCCUAUCAAAUAAGUCACUUGGAAGAAAUUUACCGCAAUCGCAUGACUGUUACGGGCAGUGUGGAGAAUGUGCGACAUCUGAAUAAGGAUGGUGAGAUUUUCAAGUAUAUCCGCGAAAAGUUUCAAAUGUGCUACAACAUCGAGGAGUGUCUCAAUCGCGCCGCCUCGGAUGAAAAUCUCGCAGUCGCUGUUUCGCGUCAGCAUUCCUUCUACAAUCCACACAUUAAGCGCGAUCAGCUUUACUGCUUCGAUCGUAAUGAGAAUCUCUAUGUGUAUUUGGUUACCAUGUUAUUGCCGAAGAAAUUUCAUUUGCUGCAUAAAAUCAACCCUGUCAUACAGCAUAUCAUCGAAUCGGGCCAUAUGCAGAAAUGGGCGCGAGAAUUGGACUUGAAGCGUAGGAUACGCGAGGAAAUACAACGCGCUCAGAAAGUGCUCGUGAAGAGUUUAACUAUCAAACAGGUCGGUGGCAGUUUCGCUCUCCAUGUCAUGCUGUCCACACUGGCAGUGGUAAUAUUUCUAUUUGAAUGCUGGACCCAUUGGAUGGUGGUAAAGCGGCGCACCCGUUUAAGAAUGGUUAAAUGGUUACACCGCAAAUUUAGUUCGAGGUGAGAAGUGGAG